AAUGGCGAAACAAGGAAAUGAAAAUUAUCCGCUUGUACUUCAAUUUCGAGCUGAAAUUAAAAGUGGAAAGAUUGUCAAGCGUUUUCAAGAUGAAUUUUAUGCUCUUGACCUACUAAGGAUUCUGUACGAAGAUACAGUCAAAAACUCUGACAAGGUAGAAAUUCUAAUUGCCCUGGAAGAGUAUGGCCACCUUGGACUAACCAGUGAAAGUGUUGACCAGGUGGUUGUUUCUAUGCUGGGUGUGUAUCAGCAGACAGGGGACAAGGGAGGGAACUCUUCUCUGGCCUGUCAGAUCCUCACAACUGCAUCCAGCCUCGUGAUUCAGCUGGAUAUGCUAAAAACAGAGCUGUGUGACAAUGUUGUGAAGGAGCUGGUUGCCAUAGUAACCACACGAGUGAACCAGCCCGGCAGCGAGAAUCUGCGGGCAUGCGCUUGUCAGUCACUCAUCCACAUGGAAGAGUUUGCACCAGGCAUGUUAUGUCAGUACUUUGAUGAGGUGGUCCGCUGUUGUCGGCAGGAGAGGUCACAUGUAUUCCAGGACUAUUCCCUCCUGGCUGCAACACUCAUGGAGAAUAUUGCCAUGAACAAUUAUGGCUCCAAGACACCUGUGAAGAAUCCAGCUUUGUCCAAUCUGAAGUGGUCGAUGUCCAUGGAGUCACAUGAUUUCAAACAAACAGUGGCCUACCUGGUGGAACAAAUGCCCAUGUUUACUCGGUCAGGAUCUCUACGAAUGACGUUGUCUCUUGCCAACCUGGUGCUGCACAGCCCUGACAUAUCACCUAUGGCUUUCAAGCCACUGAUGCUACACCAGAUGGCCACCAUGAGCUGCGUUAUUUUCCAGGCUGUUCUCUGUAUACAGCGCAAGUUUGGCAGUGCGAUAUUAACAGCAAAAGAGGAAUGUGACCUAGUUCACCGUCUGUGUGUGAUGACAAGCCAGCCAUGUCUAAAUGAGCUCCACAGACUGCUGGCCUUUCACUGGGUCAGGCAGUAUAAAUAUCCGGAGACGGGAAUACAUGAGAGUAUCAUACGUCUUCAUCGACUGUUGUUCUACCCGAGCGUGUUUAACUCUGUGGACAUCCAGCUGGCCAAUCUCUACAUGACCGCGUUGUGUGGGGACACAUCAAAUGAUACUGAAGGUUCGGAGACAUCUAUACUUCUUGGGAGCCUGGGCUGCCUUCACAAGCUUGUUUGGCACACUGGCAGUGGGCAGGCAGCCAAGGCCUUGUUCCGGGCUCUAUACUUCAUUUAUACACGCCAUAACAAUAUCUCCUUCUCCAGGGAUAUACAGAGGUUUGUUCGAGGUCUGAUCUCGGAGUUUGCCCAUUUCAUUCCUCACUCCAUGGACUUCGUAGACAGCAUACACAGUCUCAAUGUUAACAGGUAUGAGAUAUUUGUCGAGACACUAAGUUUACUUCACCAGCAAGUUGUCAUGGCAACGGAAGAACAGAUUUAUGCAAGCUACCCGUUUUAUCUUCUCAUAAUGAAGAAAGUGGCGUCCCAGCUAGAAAUCGAUCAAUCGAGCACAAUUAAAUUCCUGCAGUAUUUGGCGGAAAAUGCAGCAGACAUUAACGACAGCGGUUGGAGACUAGGACAGAACAUUCUUGACAUUUGCCGUAAUAUCGUCAUCUGUCAUGGAACUCAAGCGUACUAUCAAGGUCUAUGUGGUUUGCUGUUCACCAUGCUGUCCAACUAUAACCACACAGAUGUCCAGGACAAGGCUAAACUCUACUACAGUCUAGUAACCAGGGCAGCACAUAGCAAGGUGCGGACAGUGCUACAGUCAUCACUAAGUGACGCAGAAUCCAUGAGUCAGGCGUUAUCUGCAAUACUACCAGAGACAAGCGAAAAGAAGUCAUUGGCAACAAUUAUUCACCUUGACACCUCUGUGUUUACCUGGGACAGACUUUCUGUUGAUGCAAAGUAUAUAUUUGCCAACAAACACAGUCAAACCAGAGACAGCAAUGAGUCCGAGUGUAGCCUGAGCCAGUAUGUGGACAGAUUGAAGCAAGUGGAUGCCUGUGUCAGGCUGACAUGUAGACUGCAAAUGGUGGCCAGUUCUCCAUAUCAGCUGGUCCAUGCAGUGUCUGUUUCCAUAGAAAAUUCCACAAACUUUAAGGUCAUUCCAAAGGUACAUGUGGCUUGUCUGCCAAAAGAUGGGGUCAAGGACAUUGCAGUACAGCUGACACCAAACCUUCCCUUGCCACAGACUUUCCAAUGCAGUGUGGAUUUCUUUGAUGACUCGAAGCAGACCUUUACCUGUAGCCUUCCACCGGUUGGCUUGGAGUUCAGUCACAUGAUGAUGCCGUUACCUUGGCAACCAACAAACUCCGAUAACAUGGAUACUUUCUUCUCUCUGCUGUGGGACUGGGUACUUCAGAAAGAAGGAAAAGAACGGAAGGGCAUUCAGUCAGUAAAACUGUUUGAUGUCAGUGCUGAAGAUUUCCAGCAUAUCAACAACAGCCACCUCAAAAGAUUUGCCAUAGGAUCAAAUCAGGAAAAGUCUUGCAACAGGUAUGCCAUCUUUUUGCCUCCAAGUCACCAUGUGUUACUGAAAUGUCAAGGUCAGAGAGAUGACGGUCGCUCUAGUCAUACAGUAGUGGUCACCAUGGUGAUGGACAUUACAGUGUUAUUACCUCAUGUGGAUAAGUUCUUGCAAGCAGUGUUUAACACAGUUAAUAACGGCAGUGGACUUUGACAGAAAAAUGUGUCAGUUAUAAACAGGUGUUGAUUUCCAAUUUGUUGCCAAAUUCUUUAAGAAAAGACAAGGAUAUCAUAACUUAAUUUCAUCUUUCAGAAAAUUAAUUUUCUUUUUAUUGUUCUAUUAUAAGACAUUUUUUAGGUGAACAUGUGUAUAUAACUGUGAUAUUCAUACUAUCUCCAUAGUGCAAUAAACUUUUUUAUAUAU